AAUCAUUUUGCUGUAAUGAAUGUUCACAUUGAUUAAUUAACGAGCAAGGUUUUAAAAUAAUUAGUAAAUUUUAAAAAUUAGUUUGCUCCCAAAAAUCUUGGCAACAUGAAAUUAUUUAAAUUCAUAAGUCUCACUAUUUUAGUUACAUGUUUUACCUGCUUCACGCAGGGGGCAGACGAUCACGACGAAGCUGGCGAUUUCUGUUACGUAUCGGAAGAAUGCGGACCUGAGAGUGAAAAAUGGGGAGGAGCUUGCAAAACUGGCAGUAUGCAAUCUCCAAUUAAUUUCAUUCGGAGACCGGGCCAAAUUUCUACUCCUGUUCAUUUGGAUUUCAACGACAUGUAUGCGUCAGAAGAUUACUGGAUCCGCAAUAAUGGUCACACCGUGCAAGUUAACCUCAACGAGGAUCCGACCUCGGCCGGAGAAAUGACCGGGUACGGGUUCGAUCGGCCCUAUAUUUUCGCUCAAAUCCACUUCCACUGGGGCGAGGAUGACUCGACGGGGUCAGAACAUACCUUAAACGGUGCCGCAUUCCCGCUGGAAGUCCACCUAGUCCAUUAUGACUCACAAUACCCCAGCUUUUCUGCCGCGGCGCAGUCAGGUGACCCCAAGGGGUUAGCGGUUCUCGGACUUUGGUUGGCUCCCGGGACGGAGGAAGACAUUAACGAAUCUUUCGACACAAUUGCCGCAAACUUGCCGAUUUUAUAUCAACCGAACGAAUCCCAUAUCCCGAUUCCGCUAGAUCUUCAUUGGAUGCUACCGGAUAAGAGGGAGACGUUUUUCCGAUACAUGGGGUCCUUAACGACGCCUAAUUGUUCCGAAGUAGUUGAGUGGACGGUAAUGGAGACACCGAUUUAUGUAAAACCGUCAGAAAUUGAGAGGUUUAGACAAGUCUUGAAUCAUGAGGAGAGGCUGAUGAGGUUGAAUUAUAGACCCGUUCAAGAAAUCGGGAAUAGACAGGUGGAAUAUUUGGUGAGGGAUUGGUAGUGAGGAAUGAAAAUUGUAUUAUGCAGGAAAUAAUGUUAAGUUUGUGGUAAUUUGUAAAUGUGAUAAAACGGCGUGAUAAAUAUUUAUGCACACUUAUUUAUUUGAGAUUCUAUGGUUUAGUGUAUGAUUUUUGUGAAAAAUAAAAAUUUUGCUGGAUCUGAAUUAUCUAAAUAUGUAGUUAAUCUGGAUACUUCGUUCCAAUUUGUAUGUUAUAUUUAUUGCUAUAAUUCCUAAACUGGUUUACAAAUAAAGCUAAAUCAUCUUUAUCUCGAAAA